AGGGAGCGGGGGCGGGGCCGGCCCGGGCUCCCGGGCUCCCGGGCUCCCGGGCUCCCGGGCUCCCGGGCUCCCGGGCUCCCGGGCGCGCGCCUCCACCAACCCCGCGGUCCGGCCCCGGCCCCGGCCCCUGCCCUCCCUCGGUCCGCACGCCGGCCUUCCGCUAAGGGCAGAGCGGAUCCCGGGCGCCCCUCGCCGCGCAGCCCGGCCCGGCUCCGCCCGCUUCUCCCGGCGGGAAGCCCGAGUCCAGAGCGUGAGGCCGCCGGGCCAGAGGUGGGGGCCUCCCCGGCGCCCUCCGCUGCUCCGCUUCGCCUUCGCCUCUCCCAAGCCCCCCGGCUCACGCACCUGCGCCUCCCGCUCUCGCCUCUUACCCCGGAACCUCUGGCUCGGCGCCCGCGUCCCCCCCGGAUCCGGCGCCCGCCGUCCCCUUCCGCUUCCGGUCCGUGCCCUUGGCGCUCCGUGUCCUGUUUCGUCCGCUCCGCUCGUUCUCGGGCUCGGCGUCCUGGGGACAUGAUGGCGGCGGCGGCGGCGGCGGCUACUGCGGCCGGGGGCCUGCUGCGGGGGCUCCUGGGGGCGGCCGGAGCGCGGGCGCGUGGGGCGGCGCGCGCCGGGGCCCUGCUGCCCGUGAGGAGGGAGAGCGGCCCGGGGGCCCGCGACGAGGCCGGGGCGGCGGCGGCCCGAAGCCAGCACCCCACAGUUAGACAAUGGGAUGAGGUGACUCAUAAGCAGCUCUCAGCUUUUGGAGAAUAUGUAGCUGAGAUCCUACCCAAAUAUGUGCAGCAAGUUCAGGUAUCAUGCUUCAAUGAACUAGAGAUCUGUAUCCAUCCCGAUGGAGUUAUCCCUGUGCUGACAUUCCUCAAAGAUCACACCAAUGCCCAGUUCAAGUCUUUGGCUGACUUGGGAGCAGUUGAUGUCCCAACCCGGCAGAACCGUUUUGAGAUUGUUUAUAACUUGCUUUCUCUGCACUUCAAUACUCGAAUCCGAGUGAAGACAUAUGCAGAUGAGUUGACGCCUGUCGAUUCAGCCGUCUCAGUGCACAAGGCUGCAAACUGGUAUGAAAGGGAGAUCUGGGACAUGUUUGGAGUCUUCUUCGCCAAUCACCCCGAUCUCAGGAGGAUCCUGACAGACUACGGGUUUGAAGGGCAUCCUUUCCGCAAGGAUUUCCCACUCUCUGGAUAUGUAGAGGUCCGCUACGAUGAUGAAGUGAAGCGGGUUGUGGCAGAGCCAGUGGAGCUGGCCCAGGAGUACCGGAAGUUUGAUCUGAACAGUCCCUGGGAGGCUUUUCCUGCUUAUCGCCAACCUCCAGAGAGCCCCAAACUUGAGGCUGGAGAUAAAAAACCAGAAGCAAAAUAGCUUCUAGCAAGAGAGCUUGCCUUGUAACUGAAUAUUUAUGUAAAUAAAGUCGUACUUGGACUUGCA